AACUUAAUAACUGAAAUGUCAGGGUUGCCAUCAGACAUGGAUUUACACAGCGUUCAGAUGAAAAAUGUGACUGAUGUCACCAUGUUUAUAUUGAUAGGCUUUACAGAUGAUUUUGAGCUGCAAGUUUUCCUAUUUUUCCUAUUUCUAGCAAUCUAUCUUUUUACUCUGAUAGGAAAUUUGGGAUUGGUUUUAUUGGUCAUCAUCGAUUCUCGGCUCCACAACCCUAUGUACUGUUUUCUUAGUGCCUUAUCAUUCUUGGAUGCUUGCUAUUCCUCAGUUAUCACCCAAAUGUUGGUCAAUUUCCUAUCAGAGAAUAAAACUAUUUCCUAUCUUGGAUGUGCAGCACAGAUGUUUCUCUUUCUCACUUUUGGGACCACAGAAUGCUUUAUCUUGGCUGCAAUGGCAUAUGAUCGCUAUGAAGCCAUCUACAGGCCCCUCCUAUAUUCAGUUAGAAUGUCACCCAGAGUCUAUGUGCCACUUAUAAUCUUCUGCUACAUUGGUGGCAUUUUGCAUGGUGCUUUACACACAGUGGCUACUUUUAGCCUAUCCUUCUGUGCAUCUAAUGAAAUUAGACAUGUCUUCUGUGACAUCCCUCCACUCCUUGCUCUUUCCUGCACUGACACUCACACAAACCAGCUUCUUGUCUUCUACUUUUCCGGCUCUAUUGAGAUAUCCACUAUAUCGAUUGUCCUGGUCUCUUACGGUUUCAUUCUGUCGGCCAUUCUGAGGAUGCAUUCCGCUGAAGGGAGAAGAAAAGUCUUCUCUACAUGUGGCUCUCAUCUAACUGGAGUGUCAAUUUUUCAUGGCACUGUUCUUUUCAUGUACGUGAGACCAAAUUCCAGCUAUGCCUUGGAUCAUGACAUGAUAGUGUCUGUGUUUUAUACUAUUGUGAUUCCCAUGCUGAAUCCCAUCAUCUAUAGUUUGAGGAACAAGGAUGUAAAAGAGGCAGUGAAGAGAGUGUUUGGGAAAAAAAUGAUUUGCUAA